UUCGGGGGCCAAGCGCCAAAGGCACCCUGGCGACGGACCGACGGAUGGGAGGACCUUUCGUAGCUCGCGCACUCCUGCGCCCGCGGCCGCCUUCCCCCCUCUCCUAGGCGCGCUCCUCGACGGCGGCGAGGCUGCUCCGCGCCGGGGGGCUGCUGCUGCUGCCGCUGCUCCGACGCACCCGCCUGCCCCCCUUCUUCUCCCCGCCCGGCCGGGCCGCUCGGCUCCUGCUCCGCCCUGGCGAUGUGCGCUUGGGCUGCUGGCGCAGUGGCCAGAGCGGCGCGCAGGGAGGAGGCGGCGGCUUGGCUGGCAGGCGGAGGGAGGAAGCGGCUGCAGCAGCCCGGGCGGAUGGAGGGGCCGCGAGGGGCCGCCACGCCGGAGCUGAUCAAGGGGACCCAAACCUCAGAGCGACUGGCUUCCAUUAUUGUCCCCACACACGGACUGGUGGAAGAGCCCCACAGCUCCCCUGCUGAGGAAGAAGGAGGGAUCCCAAUCCCCACUUCAGGACUGCUGCAGGUUGCAGAGCGCCGGCAACCUCUGAGCAGUGUCUCCUCCCUCGAGGUACACUUUGAUCUGCUGGACCUAACAGAGCUCACAGACAUGUCUGACCAAGAACUGGCAGAGGUCUUUGCUGACUCCGAGGAUGAGAAGGCAGGCAAUGAAUCCCCUGCUGGUCUACACCCGCUCCCCCAUCCCAACCCCCGGGCUGGCUACCUGCGCUCUCCAUCCUGGAGUAGGACAAAAGGUGAGCAGGGCCAGGAGAAGAAGCACCUCAGCGACUCAGAGCUCCAGGCCAGCAAAGCUGACACUCUUGUCACUGUGGAGAAGCCAAAAGAAAACUAAGAGGCAGAAGCCAAACCAAGGUGCCAACAUUCACUCUUGCACUAACCACAAAUUCCAAGCAAUUUGUGACCUUAUGAGACAUUCCCACCUCCUCUUCCUCCUCCUCCCAAAGUCAAAGGCAUUUGCCGUUCUUGCUGGUUAUGUAAAAAGCAUCACCCCCUUGCUUCGUGCCAGUCCAGAACCUCCUUCACGUUACCAUUUACAAGAAAUGGCAGAUGCCACGUUUGGGCACGACGCCUGCAACCCCAUUUUCUUUAGGCACUUUUGAACCUUCUGCUGCUACUUUCGAACAAAACCAGUGGCAACGGACACUGAAAUAAGACGCUGGCCUUGCUGAGGAGCAGGGACUGAACAGCAAGAACUGCUUCAGCACAGAGCAACAGAGGAAAGGCCUUGCUCAGCCACGUGCCUUGAGGGGUGACGCUGGAGUGAUCUCAAGGAGCCUCUCAGCUGGGGCAAGGACCCCUGUUAUACCAAAGGGACCCAGGGGGAAUCCAGACCCCAUUUCUACCACACUUCUGGGAUAUACGGGGAAGCCUGAUGCUUGGCUGCCUCUCUGGAGCCUUGGGUCUUCUUAGCACAGCAUCUAUGGGGCUAGCUUUCUGGCACUGGCUGGGCUCACCAAGGAUAUCCCUGCAUGAUAAUUCUGCAACGAUGCCCAUUCCCAGGAGAAAGAACUCCCACCGCGGCUGGCAAUGGCUACACUGGAGGCAAAGGGCUUGCCAAAAUGGCUGCUGAAGGGAGGCGGGAAGGGGCAGCUGUGGCGUCGAGCGCAGCCAAGCGGGGCGAUACAGUGGGCAGCCCAGCCUAUCUGACGGUGCUGCCAGAGAGACACCCCGAGGCAGUCACUCCCUGCUCCCCUGGAUCAGAGCUUGGGCAUUCAACGCACACUCUCACCCAAGUGCAGGGCCUGGCUCUUGUGUGUUGUCCCUACUGGUACCCCAGGGCACAUCCACAGGAAGCCAUAAUAGCAGAGAGUGAACUGACCCUCUAGGCUCCCCUUCAGCACAGGCUCCUCCCAAGGCUUACCCACUCCUUGCACCCACUUGAGGAGCCCCCUCUCUGGUUUUGAACUUCCAUGGCACCCAGAAACAUUAGGGAUCUGCCGUGCAACUGAUCCUGCCCCCUCCACCAAGGCUGUUCAGCCUCCCCAAGGUUACAACAGAGGUGAAAGGCUUUUGGCACCUGCUGAUGGCACCCAGGCAGAUGGACUCCGAGGGCUGCACCCCCCAAAAAAGCAUAUCUCCUGUUCUUCUCAGAAUGGAAAAGCCAAGGUGGGUCAGGAAGAGCAGCCUGCCUCCCUCUUCCCGGCCUUAACACCACUCACAAGGUUUUGCCCUGUUCAGUUUGCAGAACACUUUGCAGUCCUUACUGUGUUUGCCAUCGAAACAAGCCGCUCAGGAGCUCCCUACUGUCUCAGUGACGGGGAGCUGGAGGCUGAGAGGUGGGGAGUUGCGGCUGAGACCCCUUCAGCCACGUGGGACCGGAGGCCAGAGUGCAGUCAGCCCUCUAAUCUGUGAACCACACUGAUGCUCCUGCCCUCUCUCAGAGGAGGUACCGCACAAGUCCCAAAGCCCAUAGAGUAACUGCACAGCCCCACUGUGUGUGACUGUGUCUUUCGCCAGGAGUGGAGGGAACAGCUGCACAGCCUGAGACACCACAGUAGCCUUGCAUAGGGGUGUUGCACUUAUUUACAGCAGCCAGGAGCAAGGUUGGCUCGGUCUUAUCCUAAGGCCUGGUCUCCAUGCCAAAGAGAUCAGAAGGGAAAUCGGACAAUAGCUUCUCAUCCACUCCAUGGCAGGCUGUAGCGAGCGACCAGCAGCCUCUAUCCCCUGCAGUGUCGUAACAACACUGGCAGCUCAGAGCAAGAUGAGUGUGCGUCGAGGCAAACGGAGUUGCAGCUGCAGAGAUCUACACACACACCCCGUCCCGGCCUCUCCUUCCUCGUUGCUUUGGGAAUUCAGAAAUGCACAGCCCUCAGCCCUCUCCACUUUGCCUGCCACGCUGAAGGAGAUAAAACUUUCAAUUGUAGAGCACAGAACACAGAAGCUGGGUGUCUCCAUAGCUUGUCCAGAGCUUCACAGCUUAACAGAUAAGCAUCUGCUGAUUGCAGCACAAGCCCAUCAAGUAGCCGGCUGAAAUGGAAAUGCUGGUGUAUCAUUGCGCCCAGAUGACACACGAGCCACCGGGGAAUGCUUGUGCGUUAAGUGCGGAGAGGCGGCUCUGCGACCACAACAGCUGCCUGCUUCCCAAAUUAAUCCUUUGCUUCCACAGCCAAAUUCAGCUGUUUGCGGGGAGGCUCUGAAGCUCAUCCACACCCUUCCAGUCCACAGAUUCCUGUGUAACUCCCAAGCCCCUUUGCCAGUUUAAGGUGGAUCUAUUCCACUCACAGCAGAAGAGCACUGAAAGCAGCUUCUGAAGGAUGUGAGGGGGCCAAGCAGGUUUCAACCAGAGCAGGGACAGCAGCUCAGCACAAUGACAGAAGACACCAGAGGCGUAAGGAGGGAAGGGCCAGGGCUGCAGAGACUUCUCUGGCACUUGGCUCUUUUCUCACUUGGCACAGCGACAGCAUCCAGCCAAAGGGGAGGAAGGUCUCCAGGUGGUGACUUCCAGUUUCCAGCCCAGGCCACUCCUGCUUGGAGACUCGCCUCUGGGCUGCUCAGUCUUGGCAAAGCACAAUUCCCAAGGCCCUGCGUUGUGCCCAGGUGGGUGACGACGGCCUCAAGAACCAAGGCAGCUCACCCGGGAUUUCUGCUCCAGAGCUGCAUGAAGCUAUCCUUUAAUGCAUCAGGGUUUCUUAAAGCCACAGAACCAAUUUUUUUAAGAGCAGCGGCUAAAAGGAGGAAUACCUCCCCCUCCAUCCUCAUGUCAAUGGGUCCAGCUAGAGGGGCUCACACUGGUGAUGAGACAUAUACCACGCGCAAGGUUAAGAGAUAUUAGUGAUUACUCUCAUCAUCGUCAUCUAAUGUGCUAUUCCUGAGUAGCCCACAGACCAGGAAUCCCCUAUACUAAGCCAGUAGUUAUUGAAGACAGGCCAGUUGCUCAGCUCUGCAACAUUCAGCACACCUGUACAGUACUUACCUGAUCACAGAGGACCAACCUGAGCUUUUCUGCAGCCACACAAUGAGCAGAUCUCAGGAAAGGAGGAGGCCACAGGAAAUCUUGCCCUUGGUGCCAGCUCUUGGGCUCCCCCUUUGGGCAGAGGGCAGGAACUGGCACACAGGAGUCUGAGGAAGCGUGGCAGAACUCUGGUUUUCUAGGAGCCCAUCAGCAGCGUGCUGGAGAUCACCAGACCAUGACUCUACACGUCCUUUUGCUGUUUGGGGGGCUGGGGUGCAGCCUCUCCUCUCAGUCAUACAACUCGGUUGCUGGUGCAAGAAGCAGAAAAAAAACCUGCCUACUGACCUUGCAGAGCAGGCCUGGACCUGAUGCUGCCCCACCACACCAGUCUUGACACUCACUCACUCACAGACAUGUGUUAAUCCAGGUCUCUUUGAUUGGGGUUUGCAGCACGAUGGCGGCCAGUUAUGUUUUAUGGACCCAGCAACAGAUCCCAGGGUUGUCCUGUCCUGAAAAUGUAUGGCUGAACCAUUAAAACAAAAGGAUGAUGCCUCCACUGCUUCUGUUCUUAUGAAGCAAGCCCACAUGAACGAGAAAACAGGCUGUCUGUCAGAUAAAUACACUUUAUUUCCCAAAUCCAACGAAUUCCUUCCUUGCUCCUUGCAUGGAAGGCUGCUAAAGCAGGAAUCUGCAGCACAAUGCGGGGUUGGGGUGGUGAUGGUCCCUCGUUGGCAACUUUAGAGUCUUCAAAGCCUGCUUUUUGCAAACAGUGUUCUUGCUUCCUGCUGGUAACACCGACUGGGGCUACUUGGCCAACCAGGUUCGUUUGUUAUCACUUACAAGUAGCUUCAUCAACAUUUGCUGCAUGUCUCCUCUAUCAGCCUCCUCGUAUCUCCCAUUUUACCCGAGGUAUGUGUUAGGUUGUAUCCACACUGACAAAUCACACCAUCGCUGUCUGGGCCCUUCUGGUGCUUCGUACAUCACUCCUCACAGCCCUCCAUCCAGACCUGCCUGCAAAGGCCUCCGUAACCUAUGCCUCUGUUUACAAAAGACACACAUUUCCUUCUUCUGCAAAAAAACCCACCAAUCUGUCUUUUUGGUGAGGCUGGCUUUAGCGCUUGCGUGUGUUUCAUUUUUAAAUCCAGUUACAUUUGCACACACUCGAGCGCCCUGCCUCUUCUUUUAUACAGAGCUAAACCUACGGAAUGUGUGUGGAAUCUGACAAGGAGAGAAGGGGAAACCUCUGUGGAAGGCUGUGCAGCACAGAGAGCGCAGCACAAGCGGGAGACACGUCUCUGAGGUGCACACCGUCAAGAUGGCCUCUGCUCAAGACCCUGGAGAGCUGUGCCAGUCACAGAAGGGCAGCCUUCCCCAACCUGGUAGCUCCCAGUUGCUAGGGACUAUUUAUUUAUCUACUUUGUAAGAUUUCUUACCUGCCCCUUCACCAUAAGGAACAUGCAGUUAUAAAAACAGACAAAACCAUUCUCCCCAGCUCUUGCCAGGACAUAGUUCCAAAAGAUCUGGAGGGCACCAUGUUGGGGAAGGCUGGAGCAGAGAGCAUUGCUUGGCAAGAGGGACAAAUGGCCGACCUAUACCAAUGAGGGCCACUUCCUAAGAUGAAAAGGGCAGUCACGAAAAGAGAAAGGUGAAGGUACAACAGCAGGACAACGGGUAGAAUGGAAGGAGUUGGAACACUUUUGUGCCACCAAGGGAACUCAGUGGGAAGGCCAAAUCCUGUUUUGCGAGACGGGGGGUGGGUGGGGGUGAAGCAAGCUAGCUGCAGCCCAUACGGAGCGUGAGGGAGUGUGUGACUCCUUGCAAGGUACUCAAGGAGGAAAAAGGCCCUUUUCAGCACACAGCAGAUGUUGCCUGUACUAGGAGGAGGAGGAGGGCCGCCCAAACUUAUUUUGGUCUCUGAAUGCAGUAAAUAGGACUGUCACUAAAGCCAGCAGAGUUCUGCUGAGUUAGUAAAUGUUCUUUCUGGCAAGUCAAUUUGUCAGAAGCCAGCCGGACUCCAGCGGGUCUAACUCUUUGGACAGGUCAAUGCCAGAGCCAGGAGGGUUUCCAACAAGGGGUAGGCGGUUCAGGGCGACCUCUGUCCAGUGGGCAUUGCACAGGAAAAACCCAGACUGCCCUGGUACCUGGGAGAAUGCUGGGCAAAGCCGCUACAGCGAGGGCUACAAAAGAGUCCACACAACACACAUCAAAAUCCCCACAGGUUGUAGAGGAAGGGUGCAAUUCUCAGGGAACGUUGCUGAUGGCAAGGAAUGGGGGAAUCACCUGGGCAGCGAGGCUGGUAAAAUGUUCCCCUUCUUGGAACAAGGAAGGGCCAGAGUGCAGGCUGUGCAUGCAGAAGGUCCUGCGUUCAAUCCCCGGAGUCUCAAAUUAAGGGGCCCCAGGAAUCAGUCCUGGGAAAAACUUCUCUAGGCGGAAGGCCUGAGGGAAUAGCUGCUAGUCAGAGUAGAAUGAACUGGGCUAGGUGGCCCAACAGUCUGCAUCGGUAUAAGGCAGCUUGCUACCAACAAGCACAGCGUGACUUUUGCUCCCUAUGCAAGGAGGGAUGCGGCAAAGAAUGGUGUGCAGGCCCAGUUCAGGCCCAGACACAUGCCAGGCAUGCCGGAGGUGGAAUUCUAAGCUUUUUGGUGACUGAGACUGAGGUGCCAUGAAAGGAGCGCCAGAAAUGGUGGGUGGUGAGCGGGGCCAUGGGCUGACCCAGUAGAUGGAGCCCUGAAGCCAAUGGGGAGGGGGCGAUGGCUUGGCUUGCUCGUAAAGCAUUUGUCCAUCACAGCUGACACUUCCUAUGCAAAAGCAGCAGAAAGUAAUGGUCAAAAGGUGCCCUGAGCUGCUCAGGCUAGUCUUAAAUAUAAAUCAUCCAAAAGACUGGGAGGAAGUUGCAACCCACUUCCUGGCUCUCCAUCAAGGCAAAACCUCCUCUGUGGGGAAGGCAUUUGGGGGUGAAAAAUAACUGCAAGAGAGAGAGGUAGUUCC